AUGGCGGCCUCUCGGGUGAGCUGCGUGGACGCCGCUGUGUUGGACUUCGUCGCAGACCUGUCCUUGGCGUCCCCGAGACGCCCUGGCUUCCGCGACUUCUCGCCCGGAGCGCACUUCGGGGAUCCAGCCCUCGUACUUACAGACGGAAGGCCGAGGGCACUGGUGCGGUUUGAGGAAGGGGAUGUAGACGAGGGGGAAGAGGAAGAAGAGGAGGAGGAAGAAGAAGAAGAGCGCGGAAGAGGUGCCUCGCUGCUGGGCCGCCCCCGGAGGAAAAGGGUGAUCACCUACGCCCAGCGUCAGGCUGCCAACAUCCGAGAGAGAAAGCGAAUGUUCAACCUCAACGAGGCCUUCGACCAGCUGCGGAGAAAGGUGCCCACCUUCGCAUACGAAAAAAGGCUGUCCCGCAUCGAAACACUGCGCCUGGCCAUCGUCUACAUCUCCUUCAUGACUGAGCUCUUGGAGCGCUGUGAUCAGCAUCCCACCAGCUGA